CGGCGCGGGCGGGAGGGCGCAGGGAGGCUGGCCGGGCGCGCACGCCGCCGGGCCGUAUCGCCGCCCCCGCCGCCGCCGGGACGGGAAGUGAGCCGCCGGGCCGGAGCGCGAGCCGGCCAGAGCGUGGGUCCCGCAGCCGCCCGCACCCGGGGUGAAGGAUGGCGGCCGCCAAGGUGGUUUUAACCAAGAGAGCUGAUCCAGCUGAGCUUAGAACAAUAUUUUUGAAGUAUGCAAGCAUUGAAAAAAAUGGUGAAUUUUUCAUGUCUCCCAAUGACUUUGUCACUCGGUAUUUGAACAUUUUUGGAGAAAGCCAGCCUAAUGCAAAGACUGUGGAACUUUUAAGUGGAGUGGUGGAUCAGACCAAAGAUGGAUUAAUAUCCUUUCAAGAAUUUGUAGCAUUUGAAUCUGUCCUGUGUGCCCCAGAUGCUUUGUUUAUGGUAGCCUUUCAGCUGUUUGACAAAGCUGGCAAAGGAGAAGUUACUUUUGAGGAUGUUAAGCAAGUUUUUGGACAGACCACAAUUCACCAACAUAUUCCAUUUAACUGGGAUUCAGAAUUUGUGCAACUACAUUUUGGAAAAGAAAGAAAAAGACACCUGACAUAUGCAGAAUUCACUCAGUUUUUACUGGAAAUACAAUUAGAGCAUGCAAAGCAAGCCUUUGUGCAACGAGACAAUGCCAGGACUGGAAGAGUCACAGCCAUCGACUUCCGAGACAUCAUGGUCACCAUCCGUCCCCACGUCUUGACUCCUUUUGUAGAAGAAUGUCUAGUAGCUGCUGCUGGAGGUACCACAUCCCAUCAAGUUAGUUUCUCCUAUUUUAAUGGAUUCAAUUCGCUCCUUAACAACAUGGAACUCAUUAGAAAGAUCUACAGCACUCUGUCAGGCAACAGGAAAGAUAUAGAGGUGACUAAGGAAGAGUUUGUUCUGGCAGCUCAAAAAUUUGGUCAGGUUACACCCAUGGAAGUUGACAUCUUGUUUCAGUUAGCAGAUUUAUAUGAGCCAAGGGGACGUUUGACCCUAGCAGACAUUGAACGGAUCGCCCCUCUGGAAGAAGGAACUCUGCCCUUCAACUUGGCUGAGGCCCAGAGGCAGCAGAAGGCCUCAGGCGAUUCAGCUCGGCCAGUUCUCCUACAAGUUGCAGAGUCGGCCUACAGAUUUGGUCUGGGUUCUAUUGCUGGAGCUGUUGGAGCUACUGCUGUAUAUCCAAUUGAUCUUGUAAAAACUCGAAUGCAGAACCAACGAUCAACUGGCUCUUUUGUGGGAGAACUCAUGUAUAAAAACAGCUUUGACUGUUUUAAGAAAGUGCUACGCUAUGAAGGCUUCUUUGGACUGUACAGAGGUCUGUUGCCACAGUUACUGGGAGUUGCCCCAGAGAAGGCCAUAAAACUUACAGUGAAUGAUUUUGUGAGGGAUAAAUUUAUGCACAAAGAUGGUUCGGUUCCACUUGCGGCAGAAAUUCUUGCUGGAGGCUGUGCGGGAGGCUCCCAGGUGAUUUUCACAAAUCCUUUGGAAAUCGUCAAGAUCCGUUUGCAAGUGGCUGGAGAGAUCACCACUGGUCCCCGAGUCAGUGCACUGUCUGUCGUGCGGGACCUGGGAUUCUUUGGGAUCUACAAGGGUGCCAAAGCCUGCUUUCUGCGGGACAUUCCUUUCUCGGCCAUCUACUUUCCGUGCUAUGCUCAUGUGAAGGCUUCCUUUGCGGAUGAAGAUGGGCACAUCAGCCCGGGAAGCCUGCUCCUGGCUGGUGCUAUAGCUGGUAUGCCUGCAGCAUCUUUAGUGACCCCUGCUGAUGUUAUCAAGACGAGAUUACAGGUGGCUGCCCGGGCUGGCCAGACCACUUACAGCGGAGUGAUAGACUGCUUCAGAAAGAUCCUCCGGGAAGAAGGCCCAAAAGCUCUCUGGAAAGGAGCUGGAGCUCGUGUAUUUCGAUCCUCGCCCCAGUUCGGUGUAACUUUGUUGACUUACGAAUUGCUACAGCGGUGGUUCUACAUUGAUUUUGGAGGAGUAAAACCUGUGGGAGCUGAGCCAGUUCCUAAAUCCAGGAUCAACCUGCCUGCCCCGAAUCCCGAUCACGUUGGGGGAUACAAACUUGCAGUUGCCACAUUUGCAGGGAUUGAAAACAAAUUCGGACUUUACCUACCUCUCUUCAAGCCAUCAGCAUCUACCUCAAGAGUCAUCAGUGAGGGCCCGUAGGAGGCCCAGCCCCGGCGAUGGCCGUGCAUUUGUUGGCACCUCAGCAAAACACGCCCGUCUCGGAGGGAAGCAGGGCUUCAUGCCUUUCACGUCCAUCUCUUGUUUAAAUUCAAGUCGAAGCUUUUUAUAACAUGAAAUCAUUCAUUUUCCAUGUGUUUUCUUAACCAGAUCAUUGUGAAAUUAUUCAUAAUUAUUCUCUGGGCCUCUGCCCAGAAACCUUUGUUUGUAUCUGACAAUUUUUGGGAUUUGGUCAACACUAACAUGAUUUGAGGAAGGAGCACGUUGGAAUAGAAAUUAAGACUCCCUUCCUUGAGUAGGGUUAUAGUCCCAAAGAGGCUACUAAAAGGCAAUCAUGGUGCUCAGAGCAAAGUGUUUCAUGUGUGUUUAAACUGGUAUGAAACUGGGUGCAUAUUUAUAUAAAUAAAAAACACUGGAAGAAAUGAAAAAAAUACAUAUCAGAAAUAGCCAGCCUGGCUUCAUAUUUUAAGCUUGCACAAAUUCUGUCUCUGGAUUAUAUUAUGAAGCUUUUAUGUGAAACAUGUUUUUUUGUAAUGAAAACCACAUUGGAGGUGUUUAGUAAUCAUAUUCUGUUACUGGUACUAGAACUACUAGUAAAAAGUCUUUGCACUUUAGGAAAGUGCGUUUGGCUUUUUAUUGUAUAGACAGAGAAACUGAAAUGUAGCCCCUCUCCUAGAAAUACUAGUUUUGGAUAACCACUCAUGUAAUGCACAUGUACUGAUUACUGCCUAUUUCAAUAAACAAUAUAGAAAAUGCAUGCACCCUGUUGCUGCUACCUGCCCUAAUCUUGCCACCCUCUAUAAUUGGCACCCAUUUGCUUUUAAAAUCCACUUGAUCUUGAAUCAUGUAAGACAAAUAUAUUCUAAUAUAAGUUUUUAUUUAAUUUGUGGUGCCUUGCAGAACGGUCAGAGGCUCAUGUGUUUGUGAAGGUGGAAAUAAACUAUUUUUAAAGCUA